CUUAUUUAAAUAGUAUUACAGAUCAAAAAUUCUUAAAACCAAAAAUGCCUCGAAAAGACGCAAAGAAAAAAAAAUUAGAAAGAAUACUUGGUUCGCCAAAUUCAACGUCGAAAGAAAUACAAGAUGCUUUUACAGAUUAUUGGUCUAGCACCAGAGAAUUUCACGAGUGUAGAUAUCUUCGAAAAGAAACAUCAGAAUCAGAAUACAAUGUCACUAUCCAAAUCCUCGAUUCAUUAAAUGUUCGAAUGAAAAACAUGAUUAUUCAGAUUGAAAGACUGAAAAAUAAAAAUCAUAUCUUGGAAAAAAAAAAUAAUAAUUUACAAACUGAAAAUGAAAAAUUACGAACUGAAAAUAAAGAAUUAGAGAAUAAUAAUGAAAAUUUACAAUACGCAUUAUUUGAAGUAGCUACCCUAGCCAAUAAUAGUGAAGAAAAAAAUAUACAGCUACGUCAAGCAAUCAAAGAUAUCUUUGACUUAUGUCAAAAUGAUAAACUUAAGCUUAACAAAUUAAAUAGAAUUUUAUAUAAUAAUGGAGUCAGAGAAAUAAUUAUCCCAAGAGCCCGUUAUUCGGGCUUUAACAGUGCCGCCGAAGCAAGCAAACCAAAAAUCUACGAAAUUAAUAAUGAUGGAUCUUUUCCACAACCUCAACUAACAUAUACUUAUUCAUUCUGCGAAACUAACGAAGUUGACCGAGCCAAUGAUGCCAAUGAAGCAGCUAAUGAAAGUCAAAUUUACUACGAAACUAACGAAGAUGACCAAACUAGUGAAGAUAAUGAAAAUUAUAAUAUUUUAGUGAAGAACGAAAAUAAUUUUGGUGAAGCCAGUAAAGUUUGA